UCCGUUAGGCUGACAGGCCAGCGAGGGCAGGGACCCAGACUGAUUCUUAGUGGUCACACGGUAGGCGUUUGAUGUAUACUUUUGACAGAUGGAACAACUCGGAGACUGCGAAUGUCAUCAUUCGCCCGUCUUUUACAAAUGAAAAAACUGAGCAGGGCGAGGCCUGAGGUCAUUAGAACUGUGUCCUGUUCCCGUCUUCCCGAAGUACAGGCGGGCUGCCCGCUCUCUCCGUCCAAGAACCAGAAAAUUAGCCGCGAGAAAACACCCCCGGAGACCCCGCCCAUCUGGUGCCUGGAAUUCCACCAUCUGCGCUUUAUUUCGCGAGCCGGCGCUGUCCUGGGUUAACCUGAAAGUAAUCUUUGAGACUCCCCUCUCUGGCUUCCGGGGAGCCAGAGACAGACCGGACACUCAACUCUGCAGGAGCAGACCUGGGCCAGAGUAGCCCAGAAGGGAAAGAAGACUGUGCUGGGGGUCCUUGGGAGGUUUCCUGGCGGAGGGGGACCUUGGAGCUAGGCACUGAGGCAGAGUUUGUCAAAUGAAGAAGGGUAUCCGAGGCCGAGGGUUCGGCGGGAGGGAAAGAUGGGGAGGGGCGAGAAACUGUAGAGUUACGAGGAAACAAGUAGAAGUCUUCCCAGAAAUUUUGACAAGAUUUUCCCAGAGCCAAUGCGUAGGUCCCCCGGAACUCAUCACUCCCGCCACUGAGAUGCUCUUGCUUCGACUCAAACACUCGCCUCUAUAAUUCCCACUGCUCUAUGCCAAGCCCUGUCCUUACUUCCACCUCUCACUUCCGGUGUCUAGGAUCCCGGCCGCUCUAGGAUCCUAAAAAUUCUGUCUAAUGUUGCCGGUGGAACACCCUUUCACUGCACCCCGGCGUGCGAGCCCCCUGCCUCUUUCCCUGGCAUCAGCCAGUAGAAGCGAAGAUCUUCAGUGGGUGGGCGGUACGUCUUCUAAGGGGCCCAAUGGUAAUCGAGAAUCGUUGAGCGCUUUACCAGUCGUGCCGCGGAGUGGGCGGGGCUUCCUGCCUGGACUUGCAGACUCCCGGGCUGGGUGAGCAGGCGUGUCGCUGGUUGCGAAUCCAUGUGGCGGGGGCUGUGGACCCUGGUAGCCCGGGCGGCACGUGGGCCUCGCAGUCCCAGACCGUGCACGCGCCAGGGCAGUGGCGCCCCGGCCCCCGGUUCCGGAGCCACUGUCUUCGCGCUGAGCUCCGGCCAAGGCCGCUGCGGCAUCGCGGUGAUCCGAACCAGCGGCCCCGCCAGCGGCCAGGCCCUCCGGAGCCUCACGGCCCCCCGGGACUUACCCCCGGCCCGCAAAGCCUGCCUGCGCCUGCUCAGCGACCCCCGCUCUGGGGAGCCUUUGGACCGCGCGCUGGUGCUUUGGUUCCCGGGUCCCCAGAGUUUCACGGGUGAGGAUUGCGCGGAGUUCCACGUGCAUGGAGGCCCGGCUGUGGUGAGUGGUGUCCUGCAGGCCCUGGGCAGUGUGCCAGGGCUGCGGCCUGCGGAGGCAGGCGAGUUCACCAGGAGGGCGUUCGCUCACGGGAAGCUGAGCCUGACCGAGGUGGAGGGGCUGGCGGAUCUGAUCCAUGCAGAAACAGAGGCACAGCGGCGACAGGCCCUGAGGCAGCUAGAUGGGGAGCUGAGCCAUCUCUGCCGCGGCUGGGCCGAGACCCUCACUAAGGCUCUGGCCCACGUGGAGGCCUAUAUUGAUUUUGGUGAGGAUGACAACCUGGAAGAGGGCAUCCUGGAUCGAGCUGACAGUGAAGUGCGGGAGCUGGAGGUGGCACUGGGCGCACAUCUUCGAGAUGCCAGGCGCGGACAGAGGCUCCGCUCAGGGGCUCAUGUAGUGGUUGCGGGACCUCCCAACGCCGGCAAGAGCAGCCUAGUGAACCUGCUCAGCCGGAAGCCUGUGUCCAUCGUAUCCCCGGAGCCCGGGACCACCCGAGAUGUGCUGGAGACCCCCGUGGACCUGGCCGGGUUCCCGGCGCUGCUGAGCGACACGGCGGGGUUGCGGGAGGGCGUGGGGCCUGUGGAGCAGGAGGGCGUGCGGCGCGCCCAAAAAAGGCUGGAGCAGGCUGACCUCAUCCUGGCCGUGCUGGAUGCUUCUGACCUGGCCUCUCCGUCCAGCUGCAACUUCCUGGACACCGCUGUCAUCCCUGCGGGAGCCGGGAGCCCAAAUGGGCGCAGCCAGCGCCUCCUGCUGGUGCUGAAUAAGUCGGACCUGCUGCCAGCUGGGGGCCCAGAUCCCAGUGCUGACCUGCCCCCUUACCUGUUGCUGUCCUGCCUGACUGGCGAGGGGCUGGAUGGCCUCCUGGAAGCGCUGAGGAAGGAGCUGGCUGCAUUGUGUGGGGACCCAUCCACAGGCCCACCACUUCUGACACGGGCGAGGCACCAGCAUCACCUCCAGGGCUGCCUGGAUGCCCUUGGCCACUACAAGCAGGCGAAAGACUUAGCCCUGGCGGCCGAAGCACUUCGGGUCGCCCGAGGGCACCUGACCCGCAUCACCGGCGGAGGGGGCACCGAGGAGAUCCUGGAUAUCAUCUUCCAAGACUUCUGCGUGGGCAAGUGAGGGGGCGGCCAAAGCUCAGACCCAGGCUGGGUGGACACCCAGAAGCCUUGAGGCAUCUGGGAACAGCUUAGGCCAAGUGUGAGUCUCAGCCCCUAUAGGGGAAGAACUUGACCCCAAACGGUGAAGCCUCUGUUGCUGGUUGUGACCAAGCCACAGCUGUCCAGAUUCCCUAGCAGGGACUUGCUGGGGGUUCAGGCCCAGGAGUGGGCCUGACACCUGAUAAUGGGGAACUAUUUUGACACCUGAUAAUGGGGAACUAGGAGUGGAGCGUUGGGCUGGAGGUCAGAGGGUCUCAGGGGUCUUUGUUUCAUAGUUUUUAACUUAUUUUGCAUAUACCAAAGGAAUGUAAAAAACUCAGGUGAUCCGGAAACAUUUAAACACCCCCUCGCUGGGGUCACAGCUUAACUUGUAUACUUCCAGAACUUUCUCUGCAUGUUUGCAUACUUGGGACUACACCUAUAAAGUAUGUUGUAUCCUGUA